AUGUCUGCCAUCCCAGUGUCUGAACUGGGCCUCAACUCGAGCGAGAGCAGAUAUCUCCAGCAGCAGAUUGCCGCCUCGCAGCAAGGCUCCAAUUCGUCGCGCGCUGCUUCUCACGCCUCUAGCCACGGCCGUCUCCUCCUGGAUCCUUCGAGCUUGCAGGCGCUCAGCGCCCAUUUUGACCGCCUGAUGUAUUCGAUCCAGCAGCGCUGGCAAUACCUCACGCAACAGACUCAAACAGCAACACAAGUGCAGUACGACCGCGCGGGCAACGCCAUGCAAAUGGCCGACGCCGAAAUCGCCCGCUUCCGCGCCAUCCUCCGCGAAAUCGACGAAAGGCCUUUUUAUCCCAUUGGGUCCCUUGGGUGUAUAUAUACCUCUCUCUCUCUCUCUCCCUGUGUCACUCCAGAUUAG